AUGCCUCGUGACAAGAGGAAGCGCAAUGAUAAUGAAGAUGAUUCCCCUAUCGCGGAUCCCUCCACCGGCAGCGACUUCGGGCUAGCCCAGACACUGUCCCGUCUGCAGGACACCGAGACGACGAGCAUGCCUGGCCAGGCGAAAAAGAAGAAGAGGGUGGAUGGGGAGAAGGUCAAAUACCCAGCCCUGAACUAUGUCGAGGGUCGAAUGCAAUCAUCCGUCCGGAUUGCCGACCUCCAGAGCUUGCUUCUAUAUUGCUUCGCCGAUGGAAUCGCACCGCAGUGGAUCUCGCUCAAGCACUCCGGCCAUGUGCGCAAGAUUGUCGUGGUGAUGGUGCCAGGGCUGGAGAUGGGCAUGUUUGACGGGACCAUCCCAUUAGAGCCCGAGCCAACAGCAAUCCAAGAAGGAAGUGGGCAAGAGGACGGUACCGACGACCGCGAAUCAAUGGCAGACACCAAGGCGGCGGAUUUCCAACGAUGGAAGCAAGGACUGCCCCUCGAAGACCGUUCGCAUCGAUACAACCCACAAGCUCUCACGCGCGAUACCCUUCCAGAGCCGUUACGGCCGCUAGCUGACAUGUUUCCUCAUAUCUGGCCAGUCAGGGCCCCAGGAGACGCGAAAUACAACAAGGUUCAUUCGCCACUUCAGGCUAUCCUGCUUUCCUCUCUACCAAAAAGCAAGGACGAGGGACAGCGAAAAGGUGUACGACCAGCCCGGAUCGACAAGAACUUUUCGUCUCAACGGACCCCUAUAACGACCUUUAUCAGUACGUACGAACAGCUGUGCGAAAACGGAUAUGCUCCACAUCCCGCUUUCUUCACAUCUGAAGAAGAGAAGGCGGCAGCUGCCGAGUCUCGUAAGCGAGCUGGUCAGUCUACUGAGGACGGAUGGGUGGAUACUUUGGUUCCAAAUCUAGAGGCUGGCGACGUGCCUGACGGUGAGAUUGAGAAGGGCAGCAUGACAGCCGGACGAGACGUGCUCGCACUCGACUGUGAGAUGUGCCUCACAGAGGGCGGACAGUCGGAGCUCACUCGCAUCAGCUUGGUCCGCUGGGACGGGGAGGUCGUGAUGGACGAGCUCGUAAAGCCCCCACGGCCAGUUAUUGACUACUUGACUCGCUUUUCGGGCAUCACUAAGGAGCUACUGGAUCCGGUGACGACCACUCUUGGCGACAUCCAGCAACGCCUGCUGGAAAUUCUCACUCCGCGUACAAUUCUGGUGGGCCAUUCUCUCGACUCUGACUUGAACGCCCUCAAAAUCGCACAUCCGUUCAUCGUGGACACCACGAUCACCUACCCACACCCACGCGGCCCGCCGCUCAAAUGCAGUCUGAAAUGGCUCACGCAGAAAUAUCUGGGCAAGGAGAUCCAAAAGGGAAUGACAGGCCAUGACUCAAUUGAAGACGCCAAGGCCGUUCUUGAGCUUGUCAAACAGAAAUGUGAAAAGGGCGAACGAUGGGGCACCAGCGAAGCCUCGAAUGAGAGCAUCUUCCGUCGACUAUCCCGGUCUUCCCGACCAGGCCUUAAAGCAGCUGCCACAAGCGAGGGACGCACUGGUGCGGUCGUCGACUGGGGCAGCCCGGAACGCGGACUCGGUGCACAAGCAACCGUUUCAAUCGGCUGCCGCGACGACAACGAUGUCGUCCGCGGUAUCUCCGCCGCCAUCAAUGGCGACGAAUCCAACCACUCCAUUCCCGGUGGCGGCGUGGACUUUGCCUGGGGCCGGCUGCGUGAACUCGAAUACCUGCGCGGGUGGUGCAACCGACUCCCAGACCCGGACAACGCCAACCAGUCCACAACCAUCGUUCCUCCGCCCGAAGAAACCACCCCGACCACCACGACAGGUGGUACGAACGGAGAUUCUCAAGCAGACGGCAGCAAUACCGCCACCCUCUCCGAAACCGUGUCCCAAACCGUCUCCAACAUCGCCCGCAUCUACGACUCUCUACCCCCUUGCACCUUGUUCAUGGUUUACUCCGGAACAGGUGAUCCGCGCGAGGUUGGCCGUCUGCAGGCUAUGCACAGGACAUAUCGCGAGGAGUUUAACACCUCCCGCGUGCCAUGGGAUGAAUUAACUGUUAAAUGGACAGAUGCAGAGGAACAGGCCCUGAAGAAAGCAUGUGAGCGAGCCCGCGAGGGCUGUGGCUUUAUGUGUGUGAAAUAA